AUGCCCCAUCCUGUACAGCACAUGCCCCAUCUUUUACAUGCCCAAUCCUAUACAACACUUGCCCCAUCCUGUACAUGCCCCAUCCUGUACAGCACAUGCCCCAUCCUGUACAGCACAUGCCCCAUCCUGUACAACACAUGCCCCAUCCUGUACAUGCCCCAUCCUGUUCAACACAUGCCCCAUCCUGUACAUGCCCCAUCCUGUACAGCACAUGCCCCAUCCUGUACAACACAUGCCCAAUCUUGUACAACACAUGCCCCAUCCUGUACAUGCCCCAUCCUGUUCAACACAUGCCCCAUCCUAUACAACUCAUGUCCAAACCUGGACAGCACAUGCCCCAUCCUGUACAUGCCCAAUCCUGUGCAGCAUAUGCCCCAUCCUGAACAGCAUAUGCCCCAUCCUGUACAGCACAUGCCCCAUCCUGUACAGCAUAUGCCCCAUCCUAUACAACUCAUGUCCAAACCUGGACAGCACAUGCCCCAUCCUGUACAGCAUAUGCCCCAUCCUGUACAGCAUAUGCCCCAUCCUGUACAGCACAUGCCCCAUCCUGUACAGCACAUGCCCCAUCCUGGACAGCACAUGCCCCAUCCUAUACAGCAUAUGCCCCAUCCUGUACAGCAUAUGCCCCAUCCUGUACAGCACAUGCCCCAUCCUGUACAGCACAUGCCCCAUCCUGUACAUGCCCCAUCCUGUACAUGCCCCAUCCUGGACAGCACAUGCCCCAUCCUAUACAGCAUAUGCCCCAUCCUGUACAGCACAUGCCCCAUCCUGUACAGCACAUGCCCCAUCCUGUACAGCACAUGCCCUAUCCUGUACAUGCCCCAUCCUGUACAGCACAUACCCCAUCCUGUACAGCACAUGCCCCAUCCUGUACAGCACAUGCCCAAUCCUGUACAGCAUAUGCCCCAUCCUCUACAGCACAUACCCCAUCCUGUACAGCACAUGCCCUAUCCUGUACAGCACAUGCCCCAUCCUGUACAGCACAUGCCCCAUCCUGUACAGCACAUGCCCAAUCCUGUACAGCAUAUGCCCCAUCCUGUACAGCACAUGCCCCAUCCUGUACAGCACAUGCCCCAUCCUGUUCAGCACAUGCCCCAUCCUGUACAGCACAUGCCCCAUCCUGUACAGCACAUGCCCCAUCCUUUACAUGCCCCAUCAUGUACAAUACUUGCCCCAUCCUGUACAGCACAUGUCCCAUCCUGUACAGCACAUGCCCCAUCCUGUACAGCACAUGCCCCAUCCUGUAGAGCACAUGCCCAAUCCUGUACAUGCCCCACCCUGUACAACACAUACCCCACCCUGUACAACACAUGCCCCAUCCCAUACAACUCAUGUCCCCUCCUGUACAUGCCCCAUCCUGUACAACACAUGCCCCAUCCUGUACAUGCCCCCUCCUGUACAACACAUGCCCCAUCCUUUACAUGCCCCAUCAUGUACAAUACUUGCCCCAUCCUGUACAGCAUAUGCCCCAUCAUGUACAAUACUUGCCCCAUCCUGUACAGCACAUGCCCCAUCCUGUACAGCACAUGCCCAAUCCUGUACAACACAUGCCCCAUCAUGUACAACACAUGCCCCACCCUGUACAGCACAUACCCCAUCCUGUACAGCAUAUGCCCCAUCCUGUACAUGCCCCAUCCUGUUCAACACAUGCCCCAUCCUAUACAACUCAUGUCCCAUCCUGUACAUGCCCCGACCUGUACAUGCCCCAUCCUGUACAUGCCCCAUUCUGAACAACACAUGCCCCAUCAUGUACAACACAUGCCCCAUCCUAUACAACUUAUGUCCCAUCCUGUACAUGCCCCAUCCUGUUCAACACAUGCCCCAUCCUAUACAACACAUGCCCCAUCCUGUAAAGCACAUGCCCCAUCCUGUACAGCACAUGCCCCACCCUGUAAAGCACACAAAACAAACAUUUCGUCAGUAUAG